ACGUAGCUGAGUAAGCAUUGAUCGGAGUGGGUUAGUUUACAUCAAACUUAACAAGCGAUGACCUCUUUCAAAAUCACGAUACCCUCAGAAAGAACAUCUUCUGGCCAAGAAGUUAUAAGAUGGUUAGUGAAGAAACCUAAAGAAGAGAUCACGUAUGACUUACUUGUUGGAAGACUGAGAGAUAUAAUUCCCACACCGACGAGUGGGUACAAUGUGAUCUGGACUGACGAAGAGAAUACACACCUUGUGACCAACACUAAACAGCUGCAUGAAGCCAUUCGCUAUUUCGAGGAAAAAAAGCUCCCAGAUCGUUGUGUACGGUUGCAGGCGGAGCCCCGAGAUGUUAUCGAUGUUGCAAGUGCCUUGGAGCUAAUGGCUCUCCAGGCAGAACCACAAUCUUGCCAACCUUCUUCUUCGACAUCGAAGACCAUCCCUUCCGAUGAAACCAGAGUUCCAACUAAGAACUCAAAUACACAUCUCUUAGCGGACUCCUCUAUGUUAGCCGCGCUCAAACGGGAUCGCCUUAACAGGUUGGUGCUUCAGGCAAAUGAAUCCGUUACAAUAGCUCCACAGCCGCCUUUUGACGCAGACUGGGAUGUGAUAUCCAAUGUCCAACACAAGGCAAUACCUACUGAAGCGACUAUGCUCAACCCAGUUAAUGAAUUAUCAUCUGUCCACAGUAAGCCUCAGUCAAGGACAGGAACUCACAACUCCAAUAAAUCAGCCAUUAGCACCACACGUCAUCCCGUGAACAGUGAAACAUAUAUGAAAACGUUAGCCCACCCACUGACAGAAGGCAAAGAAAUCCACGAGGGUGGCAGAAAUUCGCCAUACAAAAUGAGCAGGAGCGAAAUUGAUACACUUGCCAGAAAAUUCUACAAGAUGGGAUUCCAUUUUGAAGAGAAAACGCUCAUUUCGGUAAUCGAGGACUACAAAGGAGAUGCAAACCUGAUACUGGAUAAACUGACUCAAAUGCAAAACACAAAGUGAGUUUUUGGCAAAGAAUCAAACUGUACCAAAGACCACAGUCCUUUUUGGUUCCAUGAAACCAAGCCACUCGAAACUCGCUUGGAUCAAGUCUGCAUUUUUUUAUGCAUGGCUGCAAGCGGUGGAUAAUUAUGAAAUGUUAUUAAUUAUUCUUAAAAAGCAUAGAGUGGGUAUGAUUCCUCUGCUACUUUAUUUUCACCUGAUAGCCAAAAAACUGUAACGUCCUUCGAGUGGACUGGACCCAAAUAUUAUACAUAAGCUGAGAUAAUAUCCUUCAUCUAUGUUUGAAGACAUCUUUGUGUAAAUGAUAAGUCCACCUGUCAUUCUAAA